AUGCACCCUUCGAUCACGGCGGUGGAUCGGCCCCCGGCUUCGUGGAGGCGCCUGCUAGCUGUUCGGGAGUUUGCGGAGUCACAGAUACGAUGGUGCUUAGGGAAGGGAUUCGUCGAUUUCUGGUAUGAUGCCUGGUGUGGCGACCUCCCUCUGGCACAGGAACUGGGUGUGUCGGAUCCUCCCCAUUUCCUAGUGGGUGAGUUUUUUACAUUUCAAGGGUGGAACGUUCCGAGGUUGAGGGAGUGGGUACCAGAAGCCGUGGUUCAACGGAUCACUACCAUCCAUUUUUCCCUGGAGCAGGAUGACGUGAUGGUUUGGGUUCUGUCGCCUAACGGGAAUUUCUCCGUGUCCUCGGCAUUGGAGGCAAUUCAGCCUAAGCGUAGUAUCUCUCUGGUUGACCACUAUGUGUGGGGUCCAGUGGUGCCGCUGAAAGUUUCCUUCUUCGCAUGGCGAUUGCUGCGGCGGUGGCUCCCUCUUGAUUGUAUUCUGCAGGGCAAGGGAGUAACGUUAGUCUCUCGGUGUAAUUGCUGCCUGCAGUCGCAGGAGACAGUUUCUCACAUUUUCCUGCAUGGCACGGUGGCAAAAGCAGUACGGGAGCAUUUUCUCAAGACCUUCGGAUUAUUUCCGGCUAACUCGAGUAGUGUAGCUUCGAUGUUGUCGCACUGGUUUCUCUCUCACUCCAAGGUUUCGGCAGUACAUGUGCGGGUUCUGGUUCCCCUAUUGGUUCUCUGGUUCAUCUGGAAGAGUAGGAACUUGGCAAGGUUUCAAGCAAGCAUUUUUACCCCAACUCAGGUGAUCUCUCAGAUAGAAAAGUUUUUGGGACAGAUGGGUUGGGCUUGUGCUUUCGCGAGGCCCUCUUUUGCAGGUGAUCAGGACUGCCCGUGGGCGAGCCUCUGCAACCCCACAAGGCGAGAUAUGGGGGCGAUGCUGGUCUCUUGGGAAAAGCCACCGAUGGGCUGGCUCAAGCUCAACUUUGAUGCUAGUGUAAUCAAUGGUGAGGCGACUGGUGGAGGGGUCUUGCGCGACCACUGGGGGAGGGUGGUCUGGGCGUACUAUAAGGAGUUUGGGGACUUGGAUGUGCUAGCAGCGGAAGCCCGAUCCCUUCUGUUCGGUCUCCAAUUGUGCAUGGAGCGAGGUGUUAGCUCAGUGAUUGUGGAAUCGAACUCAAGUGUACUAGUGCAGCUCGUGGGUUCGGAAGCCUUGUCGAAGUGGCCACUGUGCACUGUUUUGCGAGAGAUCAGACACCACAUUGGACACCUGGAGGCUUCCCUCCUUCAUGUAUUUCGAGAAGCCAAUGCGGUGGCGGAUGCAUUAGCUUCCCUACAAUUGGGAGAGCAUCGGUUGUUUGAGUCACUCACGGCCCUUCCAUUCAAAGCCAGAGGGGAGGCACGAUUGGAUUGCCAUGGAGUUCCCCGUAUCCGUGCGGGAAGAUGUUGA